AUGCCUGCGGGUAUCCCAUCAGGACCGGUAGCUUUUGAUGUGUCUAAACUAGACAAACAAGCUCACACUUUUUCCACUGUUAGCUCUAUACCAGAGAUUUCUAUAUCUGAUCUUUUGGGGGAAGAGGACAAACUGGGCACUCGCUUGGUGAAGAAAAACAGAGCAAAAGUACGCGGUAAAGAGUUUUAGCUUUCUCUGCUUGUGUCUUGGUUGUUAGUCCAAUACUUGUAACAAUAGAGACUAACCCUGAGCGAUAAUGUAAUAUGGUAUGGUUACGGUAUGGUUAUGACUAUUGAUGUACUUAUGGCUAUAGGUAUGGUUACUCCCGCAUGUUCCGUUGUUAAACGUUUCCUUCCAGCUCUGAGUAGAACACAAAUUUUUAAAUAUUAUUUAUUAAAAUACAUAUGAAAUCUAAUUGUCUCGUUCUUUCAGUACUUUUUUCUAUUUAAUUUUGCGUUGUAUUAAUUUAAUUUCUGUCAGUCUUAAAUUCACCAGUUUUAAUUUUGCAGAUAUAGAUAGACCAGCUAUAGGUAAUAUAGAUAGCCCAAUCAGUUCUAUGCUGUACUCUCUAGAGGCGUAUGCUUUGAAUCGUAAUUUUAAGGCAAUUUGUAUUUUUUCACAGGUAACCAAGUACUACGUCCAUCUAACCUGAUAUCAAGUCACAAUAUUCAUCGUUUGGGAGAAUGCUUCAUUCUCUGCAUAGAACAAGACAAUUGCUUUGGUUAUAACUUCAGAGUAAGACCAAGUACUAUCUACACUGUAAACUGCCAGUUGAGUAACAGCUCUGUGAAAAUAAACAUCACAACAAUGAAGAAUGGGCCUUGGGUUUACUACGAGGAUAUAUUG